AUGGGCCUCCUCAGCCGCGUCCUCAAGGUGUCCGCCGCCGGCACUGUGGCCUCGGUCGGUAUCUUCUUCGGCGCCACGCGCAAUGAUAAAUUCGAGCCCAUGGACAUGACGGAUCCAAUUUUCUCGUCGCCGUUGUUCAAAAAGCUGAAUCCGGACAACAACCCUCCCUUCCAUGAUCUUUGUGUGCGCCGCGUUCCGCUGGAGAAGAUCAAUCCUUCAUUGCUUGAGAAGAAGGGCAAACUGGUGGAAGCCUUUUGCGCCGGUAUCUGGGGUGGCAUGGGUUACAUCCCCCAACGCGCAAUUCUCGCCAACAAAUACAAAGGCCCCGAAACCGCGGACCAACUCUGGGAGCGCAGGGAACUACUCUCAAACCGAUACGACGUAGGAACUCGAAUCACCGACCACUUUGAGGUUGUGGAGAAGACAGACGAGAAAAUUCUCGUCCGCUGCGGCGCCUCUCCUCGCGAACAAGGCGUGCGUCCCUCGGACGGCUUGUUUGAGAUUGGCGCUGUCAUCAACGAGGAAAAAGAGGAGGCUGAAUUCACCCUCAAGAGCUGCUUCUUCCAGGGUCUGGGCAAGGCGGAAGGUGAGCCUUUUGGUCCGGUGAUGGUCUGGUUGCAUCAACAGUAUACGAAGCUGUGGAUGGAGACGGCUAUUCUGAAGAAUUGCGUUCAAUGA